AGACCGUCGUGCGUAAAAAGCUUUCUGGGAAAUUGAGUCAGAACUGUAGAAGUUAUCAACGCUAGUUACAUUACAGUUUCGGUUUCCUCGCAAAUAAUGACACAGAAACGACAGCAAUGGAAUCGCUGCCAAAGGACAUAUUUGUGAAGAUAGCGAAAAGUCUUAAGUGUUGGAUUUGUUUCGAGGUUUUUAAUGACCCUGCAACAUCAUCUUGUGGUAAACACACUUAUUGUUUGGAGUGCUUGAAAAAACACUGUGAAGGCAAGGUGAGAAGCUGCCCAGAGUGCAGGAAAGAAUUUCACAAGGGUUAUAAACCGCAGAAAAAUAUAGCUCUUUGUAAUAUUGUCAGUAUUUGUUCUCGACCGUAUCUGGACGACAUUUUAAGCAAUGAAGACUUGCCGUCCUCUGCCAAGAAACCAGAAGUCGCAGACGAAAGUGAGCAUAAUCUGCAAACACUGAAGAGAAAACUAACACACUUGACAUCAGAAAUUAAGAGCCUGGAUGACAUUCUUUCCAAAAAAUGUAAAACCAAGGAGCAAAGCAAAGACAUUGCCUCGGCAUCAAAUGAGAGAGAGAAUUUAACUGAUGGAAAAAAUGCACCACAGUAUGUGCCAUGGGAAUUACCCGAGGAGCGUCUUGAAAACAUGACAAACAGCAUCAGGCUAGGGCUGGAAUGUUUGACUGACGCCCUCUGUCUGUUAGAACCGUUAGACGUCCCUUCCCAGGAUGUUGACUUGGGGCAAAAUUUGGGAGAGAGCCUGCAAGAAAAUCCGCUCCCAGCAGAGCUGUCCACUGUUGCAUGGCAACAACAGGACGCCGAGCAGACACCUGAGCAACCUGUUACUCUGUUGCAGCUUGAAGGAGGCCCGUCAGAUUCGCACGGUGAAGAACAGGGCGUUUCCAUGGAGCUGGGGACUGAGGCAGAGGAAGCUGGGCCAUCAGCUGGGCUGAACGAUUGUUUGGAACGUCUCUCCUUCAGUCCUCAGCUGGCGCACAAGUACCUGAUCUUCUCAGACGACAACCGCCGAGUCCAGGUGCGGAGACGGAGCCUCGGGCGCCCGCCGUCUCACACCGACCGCUUCGACGUCAGCCAGGCGAUGGCGGACCAGGAGUUCAGCAGCGGCGUGCAUUACUGGGAGGUGGACACGUCCCAGAGCUCGGGCUGGGCCAUCGGUGUGGCUUACUCCGGACUGGGCCGAGGGGAGAAGCUGGGCCGCACCCCCAGCUCCUGGUGCCUGGAGUGGAGCUCUAGUAAGCUGUGCUAUUGGCAUGGCAACCACAGUGAGCACAUCAAGCACGAAUGUCCCAGCAAGGUCAGAGUCAUGCUUGAUAUGGACAGUGGCUCCCUGGCCUUUUCCAGCACGACAGACAACCUGAUUCUGUUGCACAGUGUAGAGGUGCAGUUCACCAGACCUGUGAGACCAGCGUUUUGGCUGUACGGGCUAAAGCCUGGAAAUUCUUUGGCUCUCGUUGUACCCUAGGUGUAGGUAAAAGUCUGGCUCUGACUUGUCAAAUGUAUUGUUUUGCAUAUAUUAUAUUUUUAUAUGUGAAUGGUGUGUGUACCCUGUGAUGAAUUUGCGACCUGUCCAGGGUGUAUUACUGCAAC